AUGUUCAAAGAAUUAUUUUGCUUAUGUUUGGUAACAUACCUGUGCUGUGAGACUGAGGCUUAUAUACAGGUAAAGGAAAAGGAAUUUUAUUACAACGGAACAAAGGUAUUCCUAUCGGGAGCUAACAUAGCGUGGAAUGAAUUGGGAAAGGAUUGGGGAAAUGGCAAGUAUUGGGAGCACAGGGCGAAAAUGAAUGAGUGGUUGUCGGGUAUUAGCGCACACGGAGGUAAUGUGGCCCGAGUUUGGCUACAUUUUUCCGGUGAUAUAUCGCCACAGUUUGAUUCGCACGGGUAUGUCGUGGGCACUGAUAAUCAGAAAGAUCUGGUGAAAGAGCUACAGGCGCUGAUGGAUGACGCCCAGAAACACAACGUUUUCAUCAUUCUAUGCAUGUUUACCAAUACGAUGCUGAAGAAUCAUCAAGGUUUUAUCACUGAUGAAUCAAAAAUACAAUCAUAUAUUGAUAAAGCGCUGGUUCCUAUGGUAGAGGGGCUUAAAGGCAAGAAAGCGUUGGCCGCCUGGGAGAUAGAGAACGAACCCGAGGGAGCAAUGGAUAUCUGGACCAAAGAGUCGGAUCCCAACACUUGUUUUGACAUUUAUCGGUGGCAGAAGAGUAACAAGGGAAUGGGAUACCAGGCUAAAUUCCCUAUUAAGAGGAUUCUUCGACUCUUUAAUUGGAUAUCGUCUGCCAUUCAUACGGCUGAUCCGUCAGCACUGGUAUCGGUCGGCACCUGGAAUCCCAAGACUAACACUCAUGAGUGCUCCGAUUGCUUCAACUUAUAUCAGGACCAGUGUUUGGUGGCCGCGGGAGGCAAAGCCAAUGGUGUUAUGGAU